AUGAAUCCCAAAUGGUCUGUAUCAAAUGUACUUGUACAGAAAAAGUCGAAAUUUCGUGCAUUUUGCACGCCGAUCAAAUCGAACCUCUCGAUCCCAGAAUUGUUGAAUGAUCUCACGACUUUGGACAAAACUAUACAAAAAGCUUCACAUCCCACAAUGUACGCUUGGAAAACAGCAAGCUCAGAAUUGGAAACAGCUGGAUGCAACACAGCGAAAAGCAAAAAGUCGAAGGGGAAAAAGACUGAUGAAUUGACAGUCGAAUCUUCGGUGUUAAGUAAACUCGUCAAUUUGAAUCAAGGGUUCCACGAUAAUAACGAAGGUGGAUCGGGACUUCGGUUAUUGGGUAUGUUAGAUCGUUUGCAUCUUGUAAAUAUUCUGGUCGUUGUCUCCCGCUGGUACGGUGGAAUAGCACUUGGCCCUGCAAGAUUUAAAUGCAUGAGUGAUGUGGGUAUGGAAGCGUUACAGAACGGCGGAUAUUUGGCAAGCAAGCCAGGUAAAGGUUGGACAGAUUGUUCAAAGGUAAAAUAG